UUAUCGAGUACCUACAUAAUGAAUAAUUCAAUAUCGUUAUUUGUUAUCGACGAAAUCGUGUUUCGCCGGCUUUCCAUAACCCAAAAGCCGUGAACGGUUUACGGUAUUAAUUCGGUUUUUUUUGUUUCUUAUCGUUCACCUUCUCCGGACGCGUUUCCGCCGCGCGCCGCUGCGCCGCCGUCACUGCACUCUCAGAUAACCUUAAUAACUCCGUCCGCUGCCGUUCGAUCGCACCGGUUUCAUUUUCGUCACGUCCGCUGUCCUGACCGGUCGUUCUAGUGGUUCACCGCCGCCUCCGUCGCACGACAAAAACACGUGUAACGUACAUAAUAUUAUUCGUCACUGAACAGAAAAACCUCAUCGCAAAAUGGCAAACUACCACAAAAUGGAAGCGUCAUCCGUGCAGACGCUCAAGGAUUUGGCCAACAAGCUAAGGAUCGACUCGAUCGUGGCGACCAAUGCUUCGAAAUCCGGCCAUCCUACAUCAUGUGCUUCAAUGGCAGAAAUCAUGUCCGUAUUAUUUUUCCACACAAUGCGUUACAAAGUAUCAUCUCCAAAAGAUGCUGCUAAUGACAGAUUUAUAUUGUCUAAAGGACAUGCUGCUCCUAUUUUGUAUGCAGCUUGGGCUGAAGCCGGUUUGUUUCCAGUUUCUGAUUUAACCAACUUAAGGAAAAUUGAUAGUGAUUUGGAAGGACAUCCUACACCACGUUUGAAUUUCAUUGAUGUUGGUACUGGCUCUCUUGGACAAGGUCUUUCAGUUGCCUGUGGAAUGGCCUAUGUAGGAAAAUAUUUUGACAAAUCGUCAUACCGGACUUUUUGUUUGUUGGGUGACGGCGAGAGUGCGGAAGGUUCAGUUUGGGAAGCUUUGAAUUUUGCAUCGGUUUACAACUUGGAUAACUUAGUGGUAAUAUUCGACAUCAAUCGCCUGGGUCAAUCAGGACCAACGCCUUUACAGCAUGACAUGGAAGUCUAUAGACAAAGAGUGACAGCUUUUGGUCUUAAUGCUAUUGUUGUUGACGGACAUGAUAUUGAAGAAUUAACCAAAGCUUUCCAUGAAGCUUCAAUAACAAAAGGAAAACCUACAGCUAUUUUGGCAAAAACAUUCAAAGGCAAAGGUUUUAUCAAUAUUGAAGAUGCUGAAAAAUGGCACGGCACUCCAUUGAAUGACAAAACUGUUAAAGUUCUAGAAGAAAUCAAUGGCCAGAUCAGAAACAAAAAAAUGCCAGUUAAUAUACCAAAACCUAUUGCUGAUGUGCCUGCCAUAAAUAUUACUAAUGUUCAUUUAUCAUCUCCACCCAACUAUACCCUUGGUGAAAAGAUUGCAACACGUGUAGCAUAUGGUACAGCUUUGGCCAAAAUCGCUGAAAACAACAAUAGAGUUAUUGCAUUAGAUGCAGACACAAAAAACUCUACAUUCUCUGACAAAAUUAAAGUGAAAUACCCAGAGAGACAUAUUGAAUGUUUUAUUGCUGAACAAAACAUGGUUGGAAUUGCCAUCGGAACUGCAUGCAGAGACCGAACAAUUGCAUUUGUUUCUACAUUUGCUACAUUCUUCACCAGAGCUUUUGAUCAAAUUCGCAUGGGUGCCAUUUCUCAGACCAAUGUUAACUUUGUUGGUUCACAUUGUGGAAUUAGUAUUGGUGAAGAUGGACCAAGUCAAAUGGGUCUUGAAGACAUCGCUUUGUUCAGAAGUGUCCCAGGCACUACCGUGUUUUAUCCAGCUGAUGCCGUAAGUUGCGAACGUUCCAUUGAAUUAGCAGCAAAUACAAAAGGCAUUUGUUUCAUCCGAACAUCCAGACCAGCCACAGCUGUUAUUUACAAAAAUGAUGAAGUUUUUGAAAUUGGAAAAGCUAAAGUUGUCAAGAGUUCCCCUUCAGACAAAGUGUUAGUAAUUGGCGCUGGUGUAACACUCUAUGAAGCAUUAAGCGCUGCUGAAGAUUUGGAAAAAUCUGGCAUUAGUGUCCGUGUUCUUGAUCCAUUCACUAUUAAGCCAAUUGAUGCUGCUACAAUCAUUAAGAACGCUAAAGAAUGUGGUGGAAGAAUUGUCACUGUUGAAGAUCAUUACGCAGAAGGUGGUUUGGGUGAAGCAGUUUUGUCUGCUGUUGCUGAAGAAAAAGACAUUAUUGUCAGGAAACUUGCAGUUACUGCCAUUCCUCGCUCUGGCCCAUCUAAUGUUUUGUUGGACUUGUUUGGCAUUAGUGCCAAAAACGUUGUUGCUGCAGUCAAGAAAUUCGUUAACUGAUUUUAUAACUGCAAAAUUAAUUUAUAAUUUUAAAAUUAUUUUAAUUCUGGCCAAUUGGGUAAUUUUUGUUUUAAAUUUUAGUAAGAUAAAAAAAGUUUUUCUACAAGAAGCAAUUUCUAUACAUUUAUGUGUUUAUACAAAUAAGUAAAUUAUUAUAUUUUUUGAAAUGCACCUUGGAAAUAUUUUAUAAAUCAUUUGUUAAAAAAAAAAGAAAAAUUAAAAGAUGAAUUAUUUAUAAUAAUGUUUUUGUGUUCAUAAAAUAAAUAUUAGGUUAUCAUUAGCAUGUGAUGUAAAUUAUGAUGGAAAAUAAUUAGUACAAUUUAGUUUUGAUUAAA